UUUUUUUUUUUCCUUUUAAUAAGCAUACAACAUGUCAUCAAGUUCAUCAAAUCAAGUGGAGCAAGAUCCAAAAACAAAAGCUUUAAAUAAUUAUAGAAGAAGACUCUUGGAACAUCGUGAAUUAGAUGCCAAGCUUAAAGAAAUGCGUCUCGGUUUAAGAACACUCGAUAAAGAAUAUGACAAAUCUGAAGAUGAUAUUAAAGCAUUACAAAGUGUUGGUCAAGUCAUUGGUGAAGUUUUAAAGCAAUUGGAUGAUGAACGCUUUAUUGUAAAGAAUACAAGCGGACCUCGUUAUGUUGUAGGAUGUCGUAAUACUGUAGAUAAAGAAAAGUUAAAACAAGGUGCUCGUGUAGCUCUUGAUAUGACAACUUUAACUAUUAUGCGUAUUUUACCUCGUGAAGUAGAUCCUCUAGUUUAUAAUAUGUCAAUUGAAGAUCCUGGCGAUGUCAGUUUUGCAGGAAUUGGUGGUCUCUCCGAACAAAUUCGUGAACUUCGAGAAGUUAUUGAAUUACCUUUAAUGAAUCCUGAAUUAUUUUUACGUGUUGGUGUCAAACCACCUAAAGGUGUUUUAUUAUAUGGUCCACCAGGUACAGGUAAAACUUUAUUGGCAAAGGCAGUUGCCAGCACACUCCAAGUCAAUUUCUUAAAAGUAGUUUCAAGUGCUAUUGUGGAUAAAUAUAUCGGUGAAAGUGCUAGAUUAAUUAGAGAAAUGUUUGGCUAUGCUAAAGAGCAUGAACCAUGUAUUAUCUUUAUGGAUGAAAUUGAUGCUAUUGGUGGUCGUCGUUUCUCAGAAGGUACAUCUGCUGAUCGUGAAAUUCAACGUACUUUAAUGGAAUUAUUAAAUCAAAUGGAUGGUUUCGAUUAUCUUGGACAAACAAAACUUAUCAUGGCUACAAAUCGACCUGAUACACUUGAUCCUGCAUUACUUCGACCUGGUCGUCUUGACAGAAAGAUUGAAAUUCCUUUACCUAAUGAACAAGGUCGUUUAGAAAUCUUGAAAAUUCACGCUGGCCAUAUUGCAAAACAUGGUGAUAUAGAUUAUGAAGCCAUUGUUAAACUUUCAGAUGGUUUUAAUGGCGCUGAUUUAAGAAAUGUCUGUACAGAGGCUGGUAUGUUUGCUAUUAGAGAAGAACGUGAUUAUUGUAUCCAAGAAGAUUUUAUGAAAGCUGUAAGAAAAGUGGCAGAAGCAAAGAAGUUGGAAACUAAAUUAGAUUAUGAAAAGAUUUAAAUAGUAAAUAAAGUAUAUAAUAUUAAGAAUGAAUGAUAUCAAAGAUAAA